AUGCGUCAUCCACUGGAGAUUUUGUCGGUGGACGAAGCCAACGUCGCCAGAGAUGUCAUCCGCGCCUCUUAUCCCGGCAAGGUCAUCUUCUUCCGCCAGAUCUUUCUCCAGGAACCGCCCAAGGCAGAGCUCACCAAGUUUCUGGCGCUGGAGCACUCCGGAACACUCAGCCAGACCAGCCCCCGUCCAGCGCGUCUGGCCAAGUGUCAGUACGAUGUCAUUGGCUCUGACAAAGUCCCUGCGUAUCACGAAUCGCUCGUGGACGUUGAAAAGAGGCAGCGCGUGCACCACCUCGUCGUUGGGAAACAUCACCAUGCUAGUUUGACACUAGCAGAGUUCGACAUCCUUAUUGAGGUCUGCAAAACUUCGCCCAAAUUCCAGGAAGCUCUCGCCGAGUUCAAGCUCCCAGAUGGAUUUGAAAUCGUCAUCGAUCCGUGGCCGUAUGGCGGCUUGGAUCGGGAGGACGAGGAUCGACGUUACUUUCAAGGACUGGUCUUUGCGCAAGACACACGGUCCAAGAACCCAGACUCCAACUUUUACGCAUACCCGUUGCCCAUCAUCCCCGUCAUGGAUGUGCAUAAGCGCGAGAUUAUCCGGGUCGAUAGACCAGCAACCGGUGGGAAAGGUGAUGGCCUGACGGACCAGACUUUCCCUGAAGACAUCAUCGGUCAUUGCAAGCCGGGUGAAUAUAUCCCCGAACUGUUGGAGAAACCCACGAGGAAGGACCUGAAGCCACUCAAUGUUCUCCAGCCGGAAGGUCCGUCGUUUCGAGUCACGGAUGAGUCUCUGGUGGAAUGGCAGAAGUGGCGAUUCAGGGUUGGGUUCAACUCUCGCGAAGGUGCAACCAUUCAUGAUGUCUGGUACGAUGGGCGAAGUGUGCUUUACCGGCUCAGUAUCAGCGAGAUGACGGUUCCUUAUGCGGACCCGAGGCCACCGUACCAUCGCAAGCAGGCUUUUGAUUUUGGUGAUGGUGGUGCCGGUAAUUGCGCGAACAACCUAUCCCUGGGUUGUGAUUGCUUGGGUGUCAUUAAGAGAGAUGUGUCUGAUGGGGGUUUCUGGCAACAGUACUUCGAUGGUGUUGUCACGGAGAGCGAUGGGACGGCCAAGGUGUCGCCAAACGUGAUCUGUCUUCAUGAACAGGACAAUGGCAUCGGCUGGAAGCACACGAAUUGGAGAACGGGACGUGCCGUGGUUGUGCGGAACAGGGAGCUUGUGGUGCAGUUCAUCGUCACGCUGGCCAACUACGAGUAUGUUUUCGCCUACAGGUUCGACCAGGCCGGCUGCAUCACCGUCGAAACCAGAGCGACUGGCAUUCUCAGUGUGGUAAGCAUUGAUCCGGGCAAGCGAAGUGACUAUGGAAAUGUUGUGAGCAGCGGGGUGCUGGCCCAGAAUCACCAGCACCUCUUCUGCGUGCGAAUCGACCCUGCCAUCGACGGCCACGAGAAUACGGUAUACCUGGAGGAGUCGCACCCGGUGAGGAUGAACCAGGCCACCAACCCAGCUGGUAAUCUGUACGAAGUCCGAAACACUGCCGUGCAGCGGUCCAGCUGGUUAGACGCCGCUCCGGAGCUCAAUCGGGUCAUCAAGAUGGUGAAUCCCAACAAGAUCAACCCCAUCAGCGGAAACCCGGUGGGCUAUAAAUUCACGCCCCUCGCAACACAGCUUCUCCUGGCGGACCCGGAGUCGACUCAGGCUCGGCGAGCCCAGUUCGCGCAACAUCACGUGUGGGUGACGAAAUACCACGAUGGUGAACUCUACGCUGGUGGUCGAUAUACGCUCCAGAGCCAGAGCGAGGUCGAUGGGGUGUCUGACGCGGUCAAACGGGGCGAUCUGGUCCAGAACGAAGACAUUGUCGUCUGGAGUGUGUUUGGCAUCACCCACAAUCCCCGGAUUGAAGAUUGGCCCGUGAUGCCAGUUGAGACAUAUCAAAUCACGAUCCGUCCUGUGGAUUUCUUCCAGGAGAAUCCGUCUAUCGAUGUGCCGUCGAAUAAGAACCUGUGCUCGACACUGGUUACUUCAGAAUGCUGUACUAAGCCUAACAUGUGA